AUGAGGCUGCUCACACACGCACCGCGAUCCAGAUCACUGCGCCCAUCCGCGCGUGCCGUCCGGCAUACCUCGACCGCCGCGCUCAACUCCGACACAGUCCUGCUGCGCCUGCCCGACCGCCAUAUCGCGUAUUCGAUCUUCACUCCGGCGCGUCCAGUCGCAACGCUCUUCUUCCUGCACGGCUACCCCUCUUCGCGUCUCGAGGCGGCUGGACUCGCCCCACUGGCCCUUGAGAGGGGUCUGAGGCUCGUGUCCCCCGACCGGCCCGGAUUCGGCCAGUCCAGCUUCCAUCCCUACACCAUCAACAACUACACGCGCGACGUGCUCGCGGUCGCGGACGCAGUGGGCGCGGAGAACUUCUCGGUCCUGGGCGCGAGUGGCGGGGGGCCAUUCGCCCUCGCCUUAGCGCGCGAGCGACGCGUGGAUAAGGUAGGGCUGCUAGCGACCGCGCCGCCGUGGGACGGACCGGUCAACGACUCCUCGAGCGUGCGGCGCGUGGCGGCUCUCCUGGCGCAAACGCCCCUGUUCGCGCCGCUCGCUGCGGCGUCCCUCGCCAGCGCACGGUGGGCAGUGACGCGCCCAUGGGCGCAGAGACGGAUCGACGCGUGGAUCGCGUCCAUGUCCCCCGAUACGCAGCUGGACUCAGAGUUGGCCACGGCGCAGCGCGACGCCGUGCUCCGCACGCUGCUCGAGCCGUUCGCGCAUGGUGUGCAGGGAUUGACGCACGAGACGCGUCUCCUCACCCAGCCUUGGGGCAUAGACUAUGAGGAAGUGGAGAGGGAGGUGCGGUUCUGGCAUGCCGCUGGCGAUAAGGCCGCGCCGAUAUCCAUGGUGCGGCCUAUGGUUGGGCGGAUGCCCUGCGCGCAGCUCACGGCGUUCGAGGGCGGACACGGGGACGUCGCGACGAUAUUGCCUGAGGUGCUGGAUUACUUCCUGCCGCAGAGCGCGCAGAGCGCGCAGAGCGGGGACGCGGGCAAGGUGUAG